AUGGAAACAUUGUGGUUUAUGAAUAAUAUGUCUUUAAAAGAUUUCGGGGUGUUGGCGAGGACUGUGGCAAAUAUGGCCGCGACGCAAGCCGAGAAUCAACCAAAUGAAGUGAAUAGCGAUCCGGUGCCUCGCGACCAUCCUACAGACCUCAAUAAUUCUGGUUUACAAAAUGGAACAGACAAAAAUGGAGGACGCGGUACCAUCGGGUCGGAUAGUGCAACGGUAAAUGUUAAAGCUAAAUCUCCUGGGCAAGGCAGCCACCCCGAAAUGAGUCAAUAUCGUCCUGAGCUCUCUUCCGCACAGCCUCUGCCUAAUAACGAGCCGCACGGGAAUAGUGUAGAUAAUGCGGGAAAAAUUCACGACGGUAAAACUCCAUAUAUUCAUCCAAACGAUCCGGGUUCUUUAGGUCAAGGGGAUCCUAAUUAUAAGGUUCCAGACGGUGGACCUCCUUUACAAAACUAUUACGGUCGUGGUGGUUACCAUCAUGCCCCAUCAGAACAACAUAAUCCAGGCAAUCCUCAAUCAAAUAGUAACGAUUCAAGUGUUAGCCCUAUUUCUCAAUAUAACCAAUAUAAUAGUCCUCAAAUGAGGCACGCGUAUAGUGGUGGAGGUAAGGGUAUGCCAAUGGUUUCACCAAGAAUACCAAAUGCAAGCAGUAAUUAUGGUCCAGGACCUCAGAGAUUUUUAUCCGGACAAAGUAUAUCGCAACAAGCAGGUCCAACACCGACAUUAAAUCAACUGCUUCAGUCGAAUCAACCCCAACAUUACCAAAACAGUUAUGGGGAUUUUCCUAUAAAGGAUCAAAGUUACCAGCAAUGGGGACCUCAGCGUCCUCCUACUAAUUACAAUCCCCAAGUACCUGGAGCAACACCAUAUAGAAGUCAACAUCAUUUGAUUAUUAAAGCUUAUAUGAAAAUUAAAUUUGACCCUGAACACAUACUGGCUUUAUCUCGAAUGUAA